GGAAAGCGGUUGUCAAAUUCUACAAUUUCGAGGUUUUUAUUUUACAUUAUUUGAAGUGAACAACAAUUAUUUAAAUAAGUUGUAUAUAACAGAUAAUUCUUAAUAAUUGUCAUCAUAGUUGUUGUCUGGAAAACAACUGUGUAUGUUGCUAUGUCCAUAUAAGGAAUAAAUUUCAUACAAAACUAAUUCAACAAAGUUAACUUCAGUAAAAUGACUGAAAAAAAUACUCCUGAAGUUAUUUUACCUCCUUUUAGGGGUGAUAAAUUGCUAUCGCCUGCUGGAGUACCAAAAUUAUUAAGCACCGGUUCAGCAACUGGUAACCCACGUAAUAAAUGCGCACUGCAACCUGGCCAUUCGUUAAUGGACUGGAUUCGUCUAGGUAAUUCUGGGGUCGAUUUAUCUGGCACUUGCGGACGUAUUGUGCCAGUAAGUAAAGAAGAAUUAGCAAGACAUAAUAAACGUGAUGAUGCGUGGAUGGCUAUACGGGGUAAAGUAUAUAAUGUUACUCGUUAUAUGGAUUUUCAUCCAGGAGGAGUCGAUGAAUUAAUGAGAGGUGUAGGCCGGGAUGCUACGAAGUUAUUCGAUGAGGUACAUGCCUGGGUAAACUACCAACAAUUACUUAAUAAAUGUCUAAUAGGUCCUUUAAAAAUUAUUGUUAAACCAGAUGCUGAAAUUUUUAAAUCCAUUAAAACUGAAACGAAUAAAGUAACAAUACCUAAUGCAAAUAUCGCUAACAUCGAAAUAAUACCACGAAUCGAUUGGAUACAAAAACAAUCAGAUAUAACGUUUUAUAUAUAUACUCGUCAAUUUUGCAAUCCUGGCUUAGUGCUAAAAUACAUAAACGAAAAGGAAUUUCGGUUGCUUGUACAAAUAGAACAUACCAAACAUUGUAUCGAAUUGCAAUUGCAAUCUGAAGUAAGAUGGCCACCAAAAGCAUGUAAGUUAUCUAGUGAAACGGGAAAAAUUGAAAUAUGCUUCGAAAAGGUUCAAGAAAUGAAGUUGUGGAAUAGCUAUGGAGCACAUACGCUAAUAAAAGUAUUACCAACUGAUGAUGCCGAAGAAUACAAUGUGUUCAAAUUUGAAAUUAAAACUAACACUGAUUUUAAUCACGAUUCUUUUGAAAUGAUAUUGAGGGGUAGCCAAGAUGACACAUUAUUUUUAUUACCACUUGGAUAUCAUGUCAAUAUCUCAACUGACAUAAAUGGUGAACCAGUGGAACGGAGUUACACACCAAUACCACAAAAUUUCCUAUCUAAAACUUUAAAUACAAACAAGAGUUCCUUAAAUGAAAUGAAUUUAAAUUUUCUAAUAAAAAAUUACAAGGCCAAUGGACUUCUAUCCGAACACAUGCAACAGUUAAAUGUAGGUUCACAUCUGCUUCUGUCAGUGCCAAGGGGAAACUUCAAACUACAACAUUUGCUUCGACAUAAGCGUUUCACUUUCCUCGCAGCUGGCAGUGGUUUAACUCCCUUUUUAAGUAUCAUACAACAUCUUCUAAAGCGAUUUGAAAACAAAAUUGAAUAUCUACGGCUUAUCUAUUUCAAUAAAACUGAGGCUGACAUUUGGUGUCGUAAUGCUCUUACAGACUUACAGGUGCAGGAUGAAAGAUUUCAUCUGACGAAUAUCUUAUCACAAGCAGAUGAAAAAUGGCAGGGACCCCAUGGAAGAAUUUCGAAAGAUUUGUUUACUACAAUUUUGGACAGAAAUUCAGCAGAAUAUUCCACUUACUUGGCUAUAUGUGGUCCAAAUCCAUAUAAUCAGCUUGCAGAAGAUAUUUUAAAAGAGUUACAGUUUGAUAAGGAAAAUUUGCACAUAUUUCGUGGAUAAAAAUAGAGUAGUAAAAUUGCACGUUCACGUGAAGAAUUUUUGUUACUAAAUUAAAUGAAUUCAAGCUGCUUUGAAUUGACAGAAAGGUUCAAAAAAAUGUAUUCUUAUCCAUAUUGUUUCUGUACAUAUUUUUUACUCUUAAGUUUAAAUUAUAAUUUUAAAUAUUUUUGGUUUAAAAUUAAAAUGUAAAUAAAAUGUAUUUGUAUGUUUAUUACAGAAAAUAUAAAAUAUACUUCAGCUUCA